CUCCUUUUCUUCAACCUCUCCACCCACUGCCAUGGACUUUCUCUCGCUGGGUUCAAUCAUUCUCCAUUUUCUAAACCUGUGCAUUGCUCCCACCACUCUCUGCCUUGUUUUCCCAUGUAAAAGACUACGGCACAUAGUUUAGUAAUAAUACUAACUACCCGAGCAUUGAGGUGAAUUUCGUCGACAAAUCCGUGAUCUGAAGGUGUUCGACAGCGCAGUAAAGUCGAAACUGAAACCGGAUUGAAUCAGGAGUUGUUGAGUGUGAACAUGGCUUCUAAACAGCAGGGAGAAGAUUUCACAGAGGAUUUAAAUUGUCCCAUUUGUCUUGAUUUCUUCACCCAUCCGGUAACACUGGAUUGUGGACACAACUUCUGCCGCUCCUGUAUCACCCAGUGUUGGGAAAAGAAGGAGAUAAACUCCUGCCCGGAAUGUAGAGAGGUGUUUUCGGAAUUAACCCUCAGGGUAAAUCGGGUCUUAGCGAAUCUGGCCGAGAAAGCUCGAAAAUUAAAGCUGGAUCCGAAAGAGAAGGAAAGUAAACUUCACUGUGAGAAACAUCAGGAAGAACUGAAGCUGUUUUGUGAAGCUGACAAGAAAUUGAUCUGCCUGAUUUGUAGAGAUUCGCGGGAACACAGAGAGCACCGCUUCCUGCCGAUCGAUGAAGCUGUUGAAAUCUACAAGGAUCAGCUGAAAUCUUCCUUAGAUUCUCUCACAGAGAACAAAUCGGCGGUUCUAGAAAUGGAACAGAAACAGAAACGGAAGAUUUCCGAAGUUAGGGAACAGUCGAGCAGUCUGCAGACCCACAUCACAUCCGAGUACACUAAAAUGCACCAGAUUCUCACUGAAAAAGAGCAGCGUUUACUCAGAGAUCUCAGAGAAGAAGAGGAGAGGAUUCUAGAAACAAUGGAGAAAAACCUUCGAGAGAUUCAGGACAAUUUAAAUUCUAUUGAGGAGAAGCUCUCAAAAGUUCAGAAACAGAUGGAGCAAAAAGACGAGUUGAUAUUUUUGAAGGAGGAAGCUUGUCAAGAGAAAAGGAUUAGUGAUGAAGAUUAUAUGCUCUCAGUGUCUCAUGCUGCCCUGACUAUCGGAAAGUUCAAAGGCCCUCGACAGUACACAGCGUGGAGGGAAAUGAUAAACUCCAUCAAUCCAGCUCCAGCCUCUCUGACUCUGGAUCCGGACACAGCGAAUCCCUGGCUCAUCCUGUCUGAGGACCGGACCGGUGUGAGACUCGGAGACAAACGGCAGCCGCUCCCUGACACCCCGGAGAGGUUUGAUUACUGGGAAUGUGUCCUGGGAUCAGAGGGAUUCACAUCAGGGAGACAUUACUGGGAGGUGGAGGUGGGGGAGAAGACUUGGUGGGGGCUCGGAGUGGCCCGAGAGUCUGUGAACAGGAAAUGGGGAAUCAAACUGAUCCCCGAGUCCGGAUUCUGGGUUGUGAGGCUGGUUCCCGGAAGAGGUUAUUUUGCCACCACCUCCCCCUAUGAUACCCCCCUCACCCCGAGUGUGAAUCCCCGGAAGAUCGGGGUUUUCCUGGACUAUGAGGGUGGACAGGUGUCAUUUUACAAUGCGGACAACAUGUCCCAUCUCCACACUUUCACCCACACUUUCACUGAGAGAAUCUUUCCCAUCUUCAGUCCGGGAUGGAUUAUUGACGGGAAAAACUCGGCCCCGCUGAGAAUCUGCGGGAUUCAAGGUCACUGACAGAUCCAUCCCAUAAUUUCACACCGUCUCCCUGCCUCCUGCCAGCUGUAAACUGAUGGGUGUCGCUCUCAGUCACAGGUGGAGACAGAAGCCAGGUUAACAUUCCGGGUAUAAACCCUGUGAGGGAACUGGAUGGGGGUCCCUGUGUGUGUGUGUGUGUGUGUGUGAGUGGGGUGGGUGUCGCUGUGUCUGUGUGUUUGGGUCGGGGGUUCCCUGUGUGUGUGUGUGU